UCUUCUCGAUGGCGAUGAGACAUGACGCGGGAGAGGAGAGAGACGGGCAACACCGACGUCCGCUCCGCAAAGAGGAGCGAGGCGGGCGCUGCUGGGGCAGACGCCGGGACUCCGAGAGCAGCUUCAGUUUCCUGGAGCGGUGCCAGAAGAAAAGCGCUGAUCGCUUCGCCUUGUCCAUGUACAGCAUUAUGGAGAAGUACAACUUUCCCUUUGAAGAUGAUAAGAUUGUCUCGAUCAAGUCGCUGAUGUAUGAUACACCUGACGGUCCAAAAGUUUGGGGUGAAGAAUCCGAAGGUGAAGGCGUAAAUGGCUCACACGAGACAUCCAAAAAUCUAUCUGAGGAAGAACAGUUUGUGGACUCAUAUGAAGAGUUUCCAUCUUGUACAGAUUACCAAAGCAAUUCUGAAAUGUCAUCCAUUAAAAGACAUCUGGAAAAUAUGCACCUCAAGGAGAAUAUUCCUCUUACAUGUAGUUCUGGAUCAUUGAACAAGAAUAAAUACAGAGCUGAAAUGGAUGUGCUAGUGAAUGAUGAUGCUUUUUGUGUGCCAAAAUCACCUAUGAUUUUAAGAACAGAAGCAGAGAAUAUUCAUGAAUCUUCUUUUCAAGAGCUGAUGAAUGAAUCCUUAUAUGGUCACUCUGCUGUGGCUCCAAUGAAGGAAGGACAAAAGGGACAUCAUAAAUCUAUGUCUCUCCAUCUGUACAACUCUACUGCUGCAGUCUCAACAGAUGAGACAGUUGUAUCUGGAACUCAGUCCCUUUGGGAAAGUGGAAAAACUGGCUGUAGUAGCUUUUUGGAAACUUAUGCGUCUGCAGAUGAGAACUGUUCUUGGAAUAAUAUCACAAUAGCAGACAUGUAUCCAGAAAUGGUGAAGACGCUUAGCAGGCUUAUGUAUAAAGUGUCACAUAAAGCCUGUUCCCAUUCACAGAUCAAACGGUAUUGGCACCCUAAAAAAACAAAGUUUAACACAGCUACUGAGAGAGAGAGAAAAUUAAGGCCAUUAAAACACAAUUCUACCCUGGUAAUAUCAAAAGAUAAUGAGAAGUGUAAAUUGACAGUGAAGAAUAGUGGAAGUUAUAUACCUUUAGAUUAUAGCAACAAUCAGACGCCGCAUACACUGUUCACUGAAUCUAGUGUGACAUCUGCAUACCAUAGUACAAAAGAAAUGAAAAUUGACUCCUCUGAUGUUGAGGGAGUUGGACAAAAUGGUAUAGGGCCUUCUAUGUUUCCUAACAGUCAUUCUGGGGGGCGAAAAAUUCAUCUUGAAAGUCCAUCUUGGGUCCCUUCAUCUUCAGACCAUGUAAGAAAGGGUCAGGCUUUUGAAGAGCAUUAUGCUAUUUGCCCUGUUCCAGGAGCAACAUUUGAUAUGAUAGAUGGAGAUGAAACUACGGAAACAAGCAUGUCACUCAAGGAUCCAUCAACUUUGAAUAGUAACAUAAAUCCGUUUUUGCAAGCUAACAAGUCUUCACCAGUGAAAUCUCCAUGUAGGUUAUUCAGAAAUCACGAGAUUAAAAUGAUCCCUACAGCUGGUUCAUUACAGCGAAGUCAGUCUUUUUCACAGUUUCUUGUUAAUUGCAAUCGCAUUAAAGUUCAACAGAAAUUUGAAGAUGCAUUUGAAAAGAUGUACAAAGAACUAUGUUGUCCACAGUUGCAGAAAUCAUUUAAGUUUUCAAACAUAUGCACAAACCCAACCAAGUCUGGUGAUAAGGUUUUAAAACCAGAUUUGAGUGACUGGACAAAGUUUCAUCAGAAACGUAAGUCUGGGAAUAUGUAUCAGAAAUCAUGUUCUGAAGGAUUUCCAAAAAUCCCUACAUUGCUGAGAGCUGCAAGAUUAAAAAAAUAUGAAGCAGUGCAAGUGUCCAAGACUGUAAAUGCCCUAGUCAAUUCUCCUAUACGAACGCUACAUACUGUUGCCAGAACCAAAAGAACAGCAAAUUUUUCUAAUGAAGAUUUUCUGCCUUCACCUGUAAAAAGAUUAAAAAAUAUAUCUGAGAGCUUUGUUUCUGGAGUGGGCUGGAAAUCAGCUCACUGGGAGGAUAUUAAUCUUGAUAAAUCUGGAAUGACUCAAUCACUGCAUUAUCCUAACUUAAGCAAUUAUUAUUCAAAAAAAAUGGAUUCUGGAAUCUGUGUUUCUUCAAAUCGCACCUUUCUGGUUGGGCCAAGCACUUACAUGCACGAAUCUGGAAUGGCAGAUGACUAUAAAUACAUUCCCAAGUUGUUUCGAGGUUGUGAUGCUCUCAAAAAAGAACAAAACUGUUCAAGCGGGGUUCCCAAAAAACUUAACUAUAAUGAAGGGCAAGUGAGAAGAGCUUAUGUGGAAGAACCCAUAUGCAAAGAUUACCAAGGAUCAUUUUUAGAAGGAAGUGGAGAUGAAAUGUCAUGAUGUUCUAAAGGAGAAAGAUAUUGGAUUUAACAGUCUGCCAUUUAGGAACACACGUUCAGAACCAAGUUUGCUUCUAGAAACUCAACAGACCCUUUUACUGAAGUUGUUCCAGGUCUGAGGAAUGUGGCCAAUAGGAAACAAAUACCAUUUUUGAGGGCUUUGUUUCUGAGUACAUGAGUGGCUAGUUAAAAUUCUUAAAGCACAUUUAACAUCUUGUUUAAUGUAUAUACUGUUCUGAGCUUCUGCUUUAGGAAUGAGCAUUAGCCAUUGCUGAAGAUACUGGAUUUGGAAAGAUCUAAAUUGUUACUUAGUAAAUUUGGUCUUAAUGACAUAAAUGUGCAUAUCUAGUGCUUGACACUUUUUUAUUUUUAUUGUAUAAUAAACCUUUAUAUAUGGCUGUGUUCUUGAAGCAACUCAAUUACUUAAAAAGUUGACCAGUUGAUGAGUAAUACCUGAUUUUGCUAAAUACAUUCUGACAGUGCAAUCCUAAGCAAAGUUAUUCCAGUCUAAGCUCAUUGGUUUCAAUGGGCUUAGACUGGCGUAACACUGUUUAGGAUUGCUCUGUUCGUGUCCCUAUGUGUUAGUAAGUGAAACUUAGCAGUCUGCAUAUUUGAGAUUGUGCUCUUAUUAACCAGGGUAACAAACUCACCAUAAUAAUCUAGGAGAAGGCAAAGCUAGGUAAAAUCAGAAGAUAGUGCAGAAUGAUACAAGAGGUUUAAGUCCAAAUGAUCUUUCUGGGGAUGAAAGAAUCUCAAAUAGGCUCGAUGGCAAAAUAGUAAAUUCAGUUCAAUGGAAAGGCCAAAGCAAUGCAAUGGAAAAAUAGUAAUACGUCCAUGUUUCUUAUAAGGGCAAUCACAUCCCUUGAUGAUAUAACUGUGUAUUCUAAAUUUUUUGCCUUCUGACUUUCUAACAAGAUUAGUAAAUCAAGAAAAUGCCUCAAAUGUGGUACUCAAACUGUGCUUGUUUGGUUCUAAAGAGCUAUAUUUUUAAAAGACCUGCAUGGUUUUUAAUAUCGGGUAGUAGCUAAUUUCAGGGUUCUCAUUAUGAAAUGCUUAUUUACCUAAGAAGCUUCUAAGCGGUUCAGUUGGUGCCUCUGCCAAAAUCUUUGAGACCACACUGGUUAGGGCACACAAUAUUCUAUUGCUAUUUGAUUUAUUUGGUUAAAAGCCAAUCUUCAUGUUGCCAACUAUAAUAAGAAAUUAUGAGGACUUAAAAUUUAUAAAGUACAUGUGUGUAUAUAUGGAAGUUUUUCAUUUUUAAUGCCAUUUUGAUUCUGGUAUUUCUGUAAUCCAUUGUUCAUCAAUCUGGUAGAAGAUUGAGAUUGGCAUUGGUUUCAACUGAACAUUGUCACUUUGCAUAUGUUUAUUGUUAUGCAGUAAAUUUGGGUUUGUACUUUAAAAAAAUUGUUAGAUAUGUUUUAAGCUUCUCUAUUUGUCCAUAAGUGAAUUGGUUUAGGGUAUGAACUGGAAGUGAAAGCCAUAGGGAUUUUCUCAUCAAACUGGGCACAGGAAAGACAACUGGC